GAUGUGACGAUAUUGUUUAUUUAUGUUUGGUGUUGCUGGAAAACAAAAAUGCAUAAUUAUCCCAACAAGUAAAAAAUUAUUCUAACUACGAACAUUAAAAAAUAAGUUUGCUAUUUACGUUACUGUAGGUACUUAUAAAUUACACCCGUGACUUAUCAUAAGUCGCUAACGACGAUUUAAGUCGUCGUUAGCACACACAGAUCUGUCGUUUCAUUAUUGUGUAGAUAUUGUGAUAACUCGACUUGCAUAGCCCAAAAAAGCCUAAAACUGCCUAAAAUUUUAAAAUGGUUGAAACAUCGUAAUUAUCAACACUGGCGAAUUCGGAAGUUAUUCUUUUGCAAGUUAGUCAAAGUUAAACAAAAAUGUUCAAUUGUUCUUACUAAUAAUAACAAUUUCAAAAAGUAAAACUCGACCAAUACAAAAUGUCCUCGUCCAGACUAAUAGAAAAACCAAAUAAUGGGGAAUUAUGUUAGCUUUUAGUAAAAAAAAUCCCUACUUUACAAAAGUGAAUCGUUGAAAGAAGACGAGCUUUUAGAGUGGCUUGGUCACCAGAAAAGGAAAGAAGAAACGCUGAAAUUACCAAUGAAAUUAUGGAUCUUGUAUUCUUUUAGACAAUAAAAGUAAUAAAAAAAGGCAGAUACGAGUAAGUGACCGAGCUCGGAAACAUUAAAAAAAAGAAGUACCUAAUAGUAAUCGUCCGUAUUGUCGUUUGUGAACAUAUGAAUGAAGACAAAGUUUUCCAAGAACAAAUCUAAUCCGAUAAUAUUGAAGAUGAAGAAAACUCCUACGGCACUUAGAAUAACACUAGUCAAAUUCUAGCAACAAUUGAAAAAGUUAACUUGAGGAUGUUGGAUAACAAUAAUCACGUCGUGGUGUAUUUUUGUAAUUCGAGUAAAAUGAGACACGUUUAAAGUAUCUUUUUAGCAAAAAGUGUAGAAAUAAAAAUAUUGGGUUAAUAAUGGUUUUUGAAAUGUUAUAUCUUCUGAGGAUUUAAAAAUAAAAAUUUGGAUAUUUGGUUGCCUAUAUUUGAAAGUUUUUUCUGCGUUUCUUUUGGGUGUUCGGCGGUAGUUAUCUGUUGGUGAAGAUUGUGGAACGUGUAUAAAAAAUUGUUUUGAGACGUUGGGAUGAUGGUGAUGUCCAGAGAUAGGUCCAGGUUGCCAUCCCAAGCCGGGCUUGCGGUGGUGGGAGUAGUUGGCGUCGCGACGCCGAUUCCUUCACUCAGUGGACGGCAGCAUGUGGUGGUGGCUGGUGCUCGUGGCGCUGGCGACGGCCAAGCGCGCCCCGUCGACCCAAGAGCCCGUCAUCGAGGAGGUCACGGCCAAGCAGCUGGAGCGCGUGUUGGCAGAAAAGGACUUUGUGGCCGUGUUCUGGUAUGCUCGUAGCUGCACCACGUGCGACCGCGUGCUGCAAGAGUUGGAGCAAAUCGACGACGAUACGGACUCGUUCGGAGUAGACUUCGUCAAGAUUAACGAUAAACGACUGGCCAAACAGUAUGGCAUCACCAAAUUUCCUGCACUUACCUACUUUAGAGAAAAACAACCGAUCAUAUACGAAGGAGACUUGAUGGAUGAGGAGAAUGUCUUGGACUUUUUGACGAGCUUGGAAGCGAUGGACUUACCCGAUCGCAUAGAAGAAGUCAAUUCGCGAAUUUUGGAUAAAAUCGUCCAAGAAACCGAUUUUGUAGCUGUUUUAUUCUGUCCUGAUGCAAGUACGUGUUCCAAUAAAGGAGUCAACAAACCAGAAUGCAAGAAAUGCUCAAAAGUUCUCAUGGAAUUGGAAAAUAUUGAUGACGAAGCUGACCAACUUGGAAUCGGAUUUGUCAAAAUCAACGACGAAAAUCUUGCAGAAGAAUACAAUUUAGGGCCUCUACCAGCACUGGUCUAUUACAGACACCAAAUCCCAAUCAUUUAUGAAGGCGAAUUAACAAAAGAAGAAGACGUUUUGGAAUGGCUCGUCCAAAAUAAAAGCACCGGAGACGAAGACGACGUCAUUGAAGAUGUAACGCUUAAAACUCUCUCAACUCUAAUUUCAAGUGUUGACCAUUUGGCAGUACUUUUUUACGAUCACGGAGAUGAAGAAUCAAUGUCGGCGUUAGAAGAAUUAGAACACAUUGAUGACGAUUGUGACAAAUACGGGAUUCAGUUUGUAAAAAUCGAUGACGGAGCAGCAGCUGACGAAUACGGUUUAGAUUCGCUUCCUGCAGUUGUUUACUUCGAGAAAGGAAUUCCAAAUGUUUAUGACGGGUCCUUGGAAGAAGAAGAAGAAUUUUUAGAAUGGUUAGUGCAGCAACUCGAGAAGGACGAAAUCGAGGACGUCACUGAUGAAAUGUUAGACAAACUUAUAAACGAAGGAAAAAAUUUGGCAGUUUUGUUUUAUAAUGAAGAUGAUAAAAAGUCACAGCGAGUCCUCAACGAAUUAGAAAAUAUUGACGACGAAUGCGACCAGCUCGGAAUCGUUUUCGUAAAAAUUGAUAACGAUGAAGAAGCUCAAGAAUAUGGAAUUGAGAAAAUCCCAUCUCUGGUCUAUUUCGAAAAUGGAAUACCAACAUUGUACGAAGGGAAUUUGGAAGAGGAAGAAAAAGUUUUGAAGUGGUUGGAACAUCAGGUGAAGAGUGACGAAAUUGAAGACGUUACAGACGAAAUGCUUGAUCUGCUUAUUGACAAGAAGCAGUACGUAGCAGUACUUUUUUAUGAUAAGAAUCAGAAAAAAAGUCAGAAAGUCUUGGCGGAAUUAGAAAACAUUGACGAUGAAUGCGACCAAAACAAUAUCGCGUUUGUUAAGAUUGACGAUACUGGAGAAGCAAAAGAAUACGGUAUUGAUGUUAUCCCCAGCCUAGUUUUAUUUGAGAAGAAAAUCCCCCAUCUUUACGAAGGUGAUUUAUUAAAAGAAGACGAGCUUCUAGGAUGGCUCAUUCACCAAAAAAAGCAUAGCGAAAUCCCUGACGUCACUGACGAAAUGAUGGAUCGUCUAAUUGACAGCACCAAAUAUCUCGCGGUCUUGUUCUACGAUAAAGAUGACAAACAAGACAUCCGAGUGUUAAACGAGCUCGAAAACAUUGACGACGAUUUGGAAAAAGAAGGAAUUGUAAUUGUUCGUAUUGACAACGACGCAGAAGCUAAAGAGUUCGGAAUUGACCACCUCCCAACUCUGAUUUACUUUGAAGACAAAAUUCCUUCGCUCUAUGAAGGCGAUCUAAUGAACGAAGACGAAGUUCUCCAGUGGUUGAUCGAACAAAAAACUUCCGCAACAAUUGAAGAAGUGACUGAUGAAAUUUUAGAAGAUCUUAUACAAGAACAUGAAUACGUAGUCGUCUAUUUCAGCGGAAAUUGUGAUGAAGGACAAAAAUGUGACGAUAUUUUAGACGAAUUGGAAAAUAUCGACGACGAGCUCGAUGAAACUGGCAUUAUCUUCGUCACAACAGAAGAUUCAGUAAUGGCAAAAAAACAUGGAAUUAAGUCUUUCCCAAAACUGGUAUUCUUCCGUAACAAAGAACCACUGAUCUACUCUGGUGACAUUGAAGAUGAAGAUGAGGUACUCGCGUGGCUCACUGAUGAAGACACUCUUGAGAUUCCUGACAGAAUUGAAGAAGUCAACUCGAGAAUGCUAGACAAGAUUUUGACUGAGAAUGAUUACGUUGUGGUGUACUUUUAUAAAGAAGGUGACAAAAAGUGUCAAAAAAUCUUGCAAGAGUUAGAAAACAUCGACGAUGAGUGUGAAGACAAAGAUAUCGAUUUCGUCAAAAUCUCCGAUGAGGGUAUUGAAAAAGAGUACGAUUUGCCGUCACUUCCGGCCUUGGCGUUCUAUAGACAUAGAUUCAGAGAUAUUUAUUCUGGUGAUUUGAUGCAUGAAGAAGCUAUUCUUGACUGGGUGUUGAACUUGCGUGAUUCCGCACCUGACGUCAUUGAAAGCGUAGAUAGGAAAACACUUCAAGGGCUUAUAACUGAUGUUGAACAUCUGGCUGUCUUGUUUUAUACCGAUGAUUGUGAAGAAUGCGAAGAAAUUUUGGAAGAAUUGGAAACGAUCGAUGAUGACGCAGACAAGCACGGGAUUCAGUUUGUUAAAUCAAAAGAUCAAAAAUUGGCUUCGGAGAUUGGUAUAUUUAGUUUUCCGGCUUUGGUUUAUUAUGAAACAGGAGUGCCGAUAAUGUAUGAUGGAAACCUACUGGAUGAAACCGAAGUCCUAGACUGGAUGACCGAUCAAAAGGACGACGAAAGUAUUGAAGAAAUCGACAGAGACACACUUUUCAAAUACAUAGAGACAAAAGAGUUCCUUGCUGUCAUUUUCUAUAAGGAAGAAGACCCAGACAGUCCUCGAAUAUUGAGACACUUGGAACUAAUCGAUGACGAAGCUGCAGAAUAUGGGAUCAAAAUCGUUAAAAUGCGAGACCGCCUAAUGGCCAAAAAAUACGGCUUCAGGGACCCCCCUGGAAUAACCUACUUUCGCAAAGGCAAACCAAUCAAGUAUGACGGCGAUAUUGACGAUGAGGAAGAAAUCCUAGAUUGGCUCAACGACCCUGAAAACAUGGAACUAACAGAUCACAUCGAACGUGUGAACCGAAAAAUGUUCGAAAAAAUCCGCCAAAGGUCGGACUACGUCGCCGUUUUCCUUUACAGCAAUGACUGCAAACAGUGCCCAAAAGUCCUCGUCGAAGUGGAACACAUCGAUGAUGAAGCCGAUGCAGCCGGAAUCAAUUUCGUUAAAAUCGACGACAAGCAAAUGGCGAGACAAUUUGGAGUGUUUGCUCUCCCUGCUAUCCUCUUCUUUAAACUAGGGUCAAAAGAACCGGUCAUUUACGCUGGGGAUUUGUACGACGAGCAACAGAUCUUGCAGUGGCUGCUGACACAACAAGACCCUUCAGGUGAUGUGAUUGAAGCGACUGAAGGCAAUGAGUUAUUGCGGUUAAUUGAGGAAGAAGAUGCGUUGGCUGUUUAUUUCUGGAACAAGACUCUGUGUGAUUUGUGCAGUGCACACGAACAGCAACAUGGGAGAAAAGCGCACAAAGUUAGGACGACUUCGGAUGAAGAAGAAGAUACGAAAGACGAUAACGAUGAAUGCGAACAAUGUGUUCACAUUUUGGAAGAGUUGGAAAAUAUCGACGACGAUUGCGAACGCCACGGAAUCCUCUUUGUCAAGACCCAAGAUUUAAAAAUUGCUGAACAAUACGGAGCGACCGACUUUCCAGUUUUAAUGUAUUUUGAAAGUGGAGUUGGUGGUGUAUUCGAGGGAGACCUUGAAGAAGAGGAAGAGGUCCUUCAAUGGCUUAUCCAGCAGCGAACUGAAGAUCGAAUCGAGUUAAUUACAAGAGUCAUGUUGGAAAAUCUAGUCCAAGACACACAAUACUUGGCUGUCUACUUCUACAAGCAAAACUGCCACAUUUGUGAACAAAUUUUGGAAGACUUGGAGAAAAUCGAUGAUGAGUGUGAUGUCUACGGAAUUCAUUUGGUCCGGAUUCAAGACCCGCAGUUAGCAAAACGCUAUAGUAUCAAAACAUUCCCAGCCCUUGUCUAUUUCAGAAACGGCAAUCCUUUGCUGUUUGAAGGUGACCUCCAGAAUGAAGAUUCAGUCCUUGAAUGGCUAAUAGACGACGAUAAUCGGGAACUCGCAGAUGAAAUCGAAUCAGUUAAUGAAAAAAUGUUAACACGACUGCUUAACGAGUCUCCAUUCCUCGCCGUCUUCUUCUACGAUGAAGAUUGUCCCGAAUGUGACGAAAUUCUAGAAAAUCUAGAAGAAAUCGACGGGGAAGCUGACAUGUUUGGAAUUGACUUUGUCAAAAUAUGCAGCGCUGAAGCCGCAGCUGAACAAGGAUUGCACAAUCUGCCUGCAUUGAUGUAUUUCCGAAAGAAAACCCCGAUGGUCUAUGAAGGCGACUUGACCCAAUCGGAGAAAGUGCUCGACUGGCUGACUUCUCAAGAUGUCUUCGAAAUCAAAAAUGAGAUCGAAGAAGUAAACAAAAAAAUGUUGGAAAAACUCUUGGAAGAGAAUGAGUUCGUCACUGUAUUUUUUUAUGAAAUCAAUUCAGAAGAAAGCAAAGCGAUUAUGGAAAAGCUGGAGAAUAUUGACAGCGAAACGGACAAUUUUGAUAUCACCUUUGUCAAGAUGGCGGAUCCUCGGUACGCCAGAAAAUGGGGCGUCACGAAUUUGCCCGCCAUUGUGUAUUUCCGAAGACGUUUCCCGAGCAUAUAUCGCGGAGAUAUACAUUCCGAAGCUGAUGUUUUGGAAUGGUUGCGAAAGAAUCGCUUCCGACAACCCGAACUGAACAUUUUCAUGUAUGCAUUAUUCGCCAUCAGCAUCGCUUUCGUCAUUUACACAGCGUUUCUUCUUCAAUGUUUCAAAACUCAACCGCAAGCUGUUGUUGUCCAUCCCAAGCAAUCCUAAGUCUUGUAUGAAAGUAGCAUGACUGGACGCAUGGUCUGGAAGCAUUACCGGCAUCCUUGUAUGAAGGGAACGUUAGAUAAACUCAUUUGGGUUUAGUUUUUUUAUUUUUACUAAUUGAAUUCCCUUUAUUGUUAUAAGUUGUAAUCCAUUUUGUCAUAUCCUGGACCAAAGAAAACCAUGAUACAUCACCAUUGAAAUGUUCAUCUAGAUAAUUUUAUUUGUGUACAGCAACUGUACAAUCAUUCCCAAGAGAAUUUAUGGACAGGAAAGUGUAGAUAAAUUUAAACGUAUUAAUAUAGUUAUCUACUUUUAGGUGAACAUUGUAAAUACUCUUGUAAAUAAAUAUAUUAAGUUUACGUAAA